AUGUUUGCGCCAUCCAGCUGUCCCGAUGCUAGGACAGGGCACCCACACGUGGCAGCUUCGCGCAAGGCAUCUGGCAUCGCCUUCCGCCAGCCCCUCGACGCGACCUUCACCGGCGACGUUGACUACGAGCAAAAGUAUCCCCCAGACGCGUAUGGCGAGGAACUCAGCGCCACCGCACGCGUAUGGCGCGUGUACAACGACGAGGCACAUGUCAUCGAUGCGCAAAUGAUCAGGAGUUUCAACAGCACGCUGGACGUGCUGCUCGUAUUUGCCGGUCUCUUUUCCGCUGUCGUGACGACGUUCGUCGCGCAGAGCUCGCAGGCGCUGAGCCCGGACUAUGCGCAAAUCACGGCGUCCCUCGUCUACGAGCUCGUGCUCAUGCAACGUGCGGCCGACUCUGGUGAAUCGAGCAAGGUCCCUGUGUCUUCACUGUCUUUCGACUCGGAGACGCAUCAGCCGACCGAUAUUUGGGUGAAUGCGCUCUGGCUCGUCAGCCUCACACUAUCGCUUCUGACCGCCCUGAUGGCAGUGCUGGCAAAGCAAUGGCUUCAACACUACCAUUCACUACACAAGGGAUCGCCGCGCGACCGUGCCCAUCUCCGCCACUACCGCUUCCGAAGCCUCGAGCGCUGGAAGGUGCCCGCCAUUGUACAUCUUCUGCCCGGUCUAUUGACCAUUGCAUUGUUACUCUUCCUCGGCGGCCUCGUAGUCUACGUCGCGCCUACGAAUACAGCAAUCUUCGGCAUCACCCUCGGCCUCACCGCGACCGCUCUGAUCCUCUACGCCAUCACCAUCACCCUCCCCAUUUUCAUCGCCCACUGCGCCUACAAGACGCCGAUGUCGGACUACAUCGCGUUCUUCGCCCAGGGUGUGAAGCAGACGGUGUACUUGUCCUUCAGGGUAAUCUAUCAGACGUGCCACUGCCCGCGCAUCUACUUCAAGCCCUGCGACCCGCCCUUCACGAACAAGACGUCGCGCAUGGAGUCCCUCGAGCUGUACGACGUGCGGCGGCACACGAACACCACGCUGAUGACGGAGACGCUGACGUGGCUCGUCCAGUCCUCGCUCAACACCAGCGCCGCGAGCAUCACUGUCCAGGCCGCAUCCGCGCACCUCUCGCCGUCCUCUGCGCUGUGUAUCAUGGACGGCGCCCUCACCUGCCUCCGCGUACUUGUCGACAAGCGCCCGCCGCCCUUGUCCCUGGCUACCGAGCACGCCCCAAGCAUCGAGCGCUUCGCGCGCGUCCUCCUCAACGCGUCCGCGUCGGUGUACACCGAGGAAAUGGUCCACCAGUUUUACGCCCAGCUCUGGCAACACCUGCACGUUCACCGGGCCCACAUCACCUCACCGCCUCUGCGCGCCGUCCUCUGCCUCGCGCUGUGGGUGCGCGCGUGCGGCGAGGCGGACCCGCUCCCCGACCGCGCGUGCCUGCGGAGCGCCUGCGAGCUGCUCGACCUCUCCUCGCCCGAGCUCGAGCUGCACCCGAUCGUCUGGGCCCAGCUGGACCAUAUGGCACGCGUGUGUCUCCUUCUGUGCGACAGCCGCUAUAUGCCGGGCUCGGCACGCAGGCGCUACUGGACAGCGUACAACGACGCCAAAGAUGCGACGGAUCACCAUUCGUAUAAGCCGCUGGGGGGCGGGAGGGACUCAUAUAGUUGCACGGCGAUAUCCUUGCAAGCGUACGCUCAGGGAUGUCGGUGGCGCGACGGGCAGAGAAAAUUUUGCUGUAAUUGGGAACAUCUCAAGCGGCUGGCCACGCCUACGGGGCACGCCCAGAAUGUUCAGGACGAUGGGGGGCGAGGCAGCAUGCUCGUGGCUGCAACCAGCGAUAGCGACCCAAGCAAGACCGGCGAUGGUCUUGUAGUUCCCGGCCACGUACUAGGCUACGAGAGCAUCGGCGGCCAGCCUGCUCAGAAAAGCGCCCACUGCGUUGCAGACAGCAGUCCCGUGGGUUCCGGGCAAACAAAUGGACCUGCAGCAUCAUUCUCUGUCACUUUCAACGCGCCUGCUGAUAAUCAGGAUUCGGAAGCCGCUGUAGGUGUUCAUAACUACGGACUCGAUCCAGCCGACGACUUCUUUCCCAAGCACUUUACGAGCGCGGAUGCUGCGGGGGCUUGCAGCGAGAGGUAUCUGACCAUAUCCGACGCCGCUGCCCCAUUGGUAGAGAAGAGGAUCCCUGCCAAUGACAAGAACACCUAUUUCCGCGAAGGUGAUGGCAUAAUCGAGCGCGAUCUGGAUGUAUUCGCCAGUUCGGGGAGAGCAGACGAUGGGAGCGAGGAUUUAAGUAGACUUCACAGUCAGGGUCAGGACUGA